GACCCGGGUUCAAUUCCCGGCGGGAGAGACCGUUCUUUUUCCUAUUUUUUUUUCGUCCCCACCCACCACUGGAUCUACAUCCAAUGCGGUUCUUCAUUUUUUUUCUCUCGUUAUUAUCCAUGCCUACUAGUUCUACUUACUUAUAUUAUACACUCCCGGAAACGAAGUUCAUGUUCCGUAGAGGUAGUCGCUAUUUUGUCAAGCUAGCCUUCAUCCUACGUACCACGACGGAAGCCAUGAUAUCUUUUCGUCGUAAUCAUAUCCAUCAUCUAUCAUAUCAUCAAAACCUCGUACAUCGCCCGUCUCCCAGGUUCAUCCAAGAUAUCAUGAUCCAGCGCCCCAAAAACCAAACUCUGUAGUAAUAUGCAAGAAAGCAUGAUCCAACCCAUCAUCCAUCCCGUCCGCUUCAAACCCAAGUUUUGGGACCGACUUUCCUCGAGGAAAGAGCCUAAGUACCAUCCAUCCACCUCUAACACCCACCACCCACCAACACUU